UGUGUUUUCCGCAUCGCCGUGUGCUGAACCGCAGCUAACCUUGGUAGUGGGCUCCUCUCGGGUGACGUUGACACUCAUUGGUAAUCACUCAUAACAAAGCAAGGUUUGUAACCGACUUGUUCGUUCACUGUUUUUCGACAUUCUCCAAUUGUCGCCAUAGCCAUCAUGGUUUCAACUACCGUGCGCCAUUCUGUCUGCUCGACUCUACGAGCGGGCGCGGUCUCAACUUCGACACAGCGCAUGCAGCGACCUUUCAGCACGUCCGUCCGACGAUUAAAAGAGAUUCAAGAUGCCUACAUUAUCUCUGCAGUCCGAACUCCGACAGCGACCUUCAACGGAUCCUUCACGACCGUCUCGGCGCCAGAACUCGGCGCGACUGCCAUCAGGGAAGCCGUGGCCCGCUCGUCGGUGCCCAAAGAGAAGAUCACAAGCGUCUACAUGGGCAAUGUGAUGCAGGCAUCAGUGGGACAAGCGCCCGCAAGGCAGGCGUCGAUAUUUGCUGGUUUGGAUCCCUCUGUAGAGGCUACGACCAUCAACAAGGUGUGUGCAUCAGGCAUGAAGGCUGUGGCCAUCGCAGCCCAGCAAAUUGAACUAGGUCAAGAAGAAGCACUCGUAGCAGGUGGUAUGGAGAACAUGAGCCGUGUACCAUACUACCUUGCUCGAGCAUCACAAUUGCCGCCCUUCGGUAACAUCACAGCCGAUGAUGGCUUGAUCAAGGAUGGUUUAUGGGAUGUUUACAACCAAAUUCACAUGGGCAAUUGCGCAGAGAAUACCGUCAAAAAGUACGGCAUCACCCGAGAGGAGCAAGACGAGUAUGCCAUCUCAAGUUUCAAAAAGGCGCAGGAGGCCUGGAAGCAGGGUCUUUUCAAGGAUGAGGUUGUACCAGUCACAGUGAAGAGCAAGAAAGGCGAUGUUAUCAUCUCGGAGGACGAGGGCUAUAACAAGCUUAAGCCGGAGAAGGUGGCAACUUUGAAGCCCGCAUUCGACCGCUCCGGAAGCGGUACUGUCACAGCCGCAAACAGUUCUUCAAUGAACGACGGCGCUUCAGCGCUUGUAAUUGUCAACCGAGAGCUCGCCAAAACGUACGGCGGCAACAAGCGUGUGCUUGCAAAGAUCGUUGCUUACGCGGAUGCUGCGAUCGAUCCUAUCGACUUUCCUGUUGCACCGGCCAAGGUCGUGCCCAUCGUAUUGAAGAAAGCAGGAAUCACUGCCGACCAGGUCAAGAUUUGGGAAUUCAACGAGGCAUUCGCGGCUGUCAUCAAGGCCAAUGGCAAGAUUUUGGGGCUUAGUGGCGAGAACAUAAACCCACGUGGUGGUGCUAUAUCUUUGGGUCACGCACUAGGCAGCUCUGGAUCAAGGAUUUUGGUGACAUUGCUCCAUCAACUCAAGAAGGGAGAAUACGGCUGUGCUGCCAUCUGCAAUGGGGGCGGAGCGGCCAGCGGUAUGGUGGUCCAGAUGGUCGAUGCUGAAGACUUAUGA